AUGUCUUUCAAGCGGCUUUUGCUUCUCUCGUUUGCAUUCAGCUUUUGCUCACAAGUCCAGGGAACCCAGUGCAACUCGGACAUAGUCGGGAAUUCCCCGCUGGCCUCCUAUUUGGCGAGUCUGGGCUCUGAGAGCGGGGCGCUACUCGUGUGCACUCACAGCGACUGCCAGGUUGGGUGCUGUGGCUAUGUGGAGUCCUGGUCCUUAACACCAGGCAUUACGGGGGACCUCGUUUUCCAAAUCUGGCGCCCGACUGGAGGUGGUGCACUGGAGUACUCGUUAGUGGGAGAAAACUCGGUCACCAUAGCCUCUGGUGCUGACAGUUAUUUCUCGUUCACUGGAGCGGACCGGAUAUACGUCCAAUCUGGUGACGUCAUCGGCUGGUACACGCCAGGCAACAAUAUAAUCCUACACACGGCGUACGGGGGCGGAGCGACUGUCAGUGAAACCUACGUCAUGACCGUAAGCCAGCCAAGUGUGGGAAACACGCUCACUCUCUCUGGUUUAGUCCAGAACAAUGUAUACUCGAUCUACGCCACCGUUGGUCCUCCGUCCUCCCCAACGUUCAGCAAUCUGGACCACACCGUGACGGGUCACAAGUUGAGCUUUGUGGUGGGCGCCACAGUGUACACAGUCCUGGCCUUAGACACCGACACAGCGGACACGGUGACCUAUAGCUUGACCUCGACCACGCCCACCUCCGACUUGUCUCUGGACACUUCAACAGGAGCUGUAGCGUUCACUACUUCCCCGACUCUCGGCACCUACACUCUGUCAAUCAGAGCCUCAGACGACUGCGGGAACACGGUGGACGGGACACUGACCAUCGAGGUGACCAACCAGGAUCCGACUUUCAGCAACCUGGACCACACUUUAUCGCAACCCAAGGGAGACUUCUCCGUCUCUACAACUGUCUACACCGUGCUGGCCACCGACGUGGACUCAGGAACAGACGGAGAUAGCUUGACCUACAGCUUGACCUCUGUCACGCCCACUGCGGACUUCUCCAUUACUUCAGGCACCGGCGCUGUGUCCCCGAGCACCUCGGCUCUGACGCUGGGUACGUACACACUGAGUGUGAUGGCGUCUGACUGCUGUGGGGGGACGGCGAGCGGGACGCUCACCAUAGAGGUGAUCAACAACGGGCCAGUUAUCGAGUCUCUGCCAGCUGCCGUGGACGUCAGUGAAUCAGCCGUGGACGAAACAGUUCUACACACACUCACGGUCUCCGAUCUGGACGGAGACGACAUCACAUGUAGCGUAAGCUCUUCCCCUUCAGGUCCAUUCAGCACCAAAUUCGUGUACGACAAUGGAAACCUGACGAGCGCCGUGAUCCUCCAAGCCUCCCCCUCUCUCUCCGCCUCAACAACGUCAAGCUAUGAACUAACAGUAACGUGCCAGGAUACCAGCAGUGCAAGCGAUUCGAACACACUAUAUGUCUACGUCACUCAAAACAGCGUACCCGUCAUCUCUAACCUGCAGAACAUGACGACCAUCUCGUCCAACUUGUCCUCCGGAAGUGAGGUCUUCAGAGUCUUGGCAACAGAUCCGGAAGGGGAUCAGACGUUCUUUUCUUUGACUUGUGUCACUCCGGCGUCUCCCUGCCCUUUCCAGAUUUAUUCUACAGGAGCGAUUCUCUUGUCUAGCUCUUUGACCGGGACCUCAACAGCUGGGUACGAGGUCGACGUGACGGUCAAUGACGGCCAGACCACAAGCGGCACACACAGGCUGACCGUUCUUGUUGAAGAUCUGAACACUGCCCCGUCACUCACUAACCUCCCUGCCACCGUCCAGAUCGGAGAAGACACAGCUAUCGGCAGCGCCAUCUUCACGGCCUCAGUGUAUGACGAGGACGGAGGGUCCGGCCACACGUUCACAUACAGUUUCACUCCGCCGGCGGGCACGGGGAUCUUCAACACUGACGCCACUUCCGGUGCUAUUACACUGGCGGCAGGUUUGAACUACCAAUCCCAAGACAAAAGCUAUAACGUGACGGUGACCGUGCAGGACACUCAAUCUUCUUCCUCUUCGGCUGUCUUGACAAUAGAUAUCGUAGAGGUGAACCAGGCCCCGGUGCUGUACCAGACGAGCUACCAGGUGGAACAGGGCGAGGGUUCGGCCGGCACCUCCUUCCCCUCCCCCGGCUACAACGUGUGGGAUCCUGACGGAGACACGCUCACUUACAGCUUCGGCACCGCCGCCAACACCACCACCAUCCACUCUUUACACUUGGCCCAUCGUCAUCUCAGAUCCGGAUUCGCUCUCGGUCACGGCCACGCUGACGGUAUCGGUGACAGACGUGAACGACAACACCCCCAGCUUCAGCAGCAGCAGCUACAGCACCACCAUACACAGCGACGUUCCUCUGGGCACCACUGUACUCACCGUCAACGCAACAGACGCAGACACAAGCUCUGAGUUCAGACAACUCACAUUCUCCGUCCAGAGUUCUUCCAGCCCUUUCAGAAUCGACAACAAUGGAAACCUAUUCGUGUACAGCAGUCUUCAAGGAUCGGAAGAAUCGGUUCAGACUUUGACGAUCAAGGUGUCAAAUCCGGAUAUAAACAGUUCUGAUUCUGCUUCCGUGAGCGUUUACGUGUACGGCCCAGCCGGAGAGUCUUUCUUUGACAAGCCCGGGAACAUCGCCUGGGUGACAGUCCUCAGCGUUCUUCUGGGGUCACUUCUCCUCGCUGGUUUGGCGUACCUCGGCUACUGGGCGUUCACGAACCAUUUUGCAGCACCGGUCAGCUACCCCGUGAAGCAGGUGGCGCCGCACGACACCAAACUCAACCCACCCCCGAGUAGACAGCUGUCGACCUCUCACACGCGCACGACCAUCACGACUGGCCGGGUCACGCCCAGUGACGUCCGUAUCAUGGAGCAUCGCUGGGAGGCGUGGGGAAACAAGACCUUUGAGGAUGGCAACUUCUGAUCUAUGUUACAGUUAUCUUCGAUUGAUUAAACUUCUGAUCAGUUUUUUAGGUUUAG